AUGGGCUGUUUCAACACGUUGGUUGGAGCUGCUUUUUAUGGUGGCAAUUAUGUCACGGGAGAAUACACACUCAAGCUAGCAGAGCGACCACAUCCGAAGGAAUUGUGUCUCAAGAUUGGCGCAGCUUGUGUUGCUAUCAUUGCCGUUUAUCAAAGCGUCUUCGUGCUACCUGAGUGGGACGCAUUGGUCACGAAGCCCAUUGCUGAGGCCAGUGGGAACACGACCUAUAUUGUCUCUGCUCUCGUAGCGUAUACUGUGUCACAGCUUGCACAUGGACUCACGUACUUUGUAAUAUUAGGCUCCAGUGGUGCCGUUACCACAGGUAUCAUGCAGAGCUUGCGUGCUGUGUGCGUAUUCGUGAUAAGCUCAAUGUUGUAUUGCAGUCAGCAGGAAUCACAGUGCUUUAAUACAAAGCGUGGUGUCGCUACCUUGAUCGUUGUGAGUGGUGUCAUGUUCUACUCGUGGGCAAAGAGUCAGCAGAAAAGCACGAGUGUAUUAGCUCCACCGUCGUCGCAGCAAAUAAUGAAAGACUCGAAGACUAUGAUGAUUACAGGUAAGAACUAUAUUGUCUAG